AUGAUAGAGAGAAAGAGAAAGAGAGAAAGGAAAAAAGAAAGGAAGGAAGGAGGAGAAAAGAAAAUGUGUGUGAGUGUUUGUGUGUUUUCUUUUUUUGUUUUUUCGUUAGCGCUGUUAUUUUGUUAUGUUCAUUUCCUUUUUAUGAUUCCACACUUGACCAUCCUCCUCCUCUGUUGUUGUUGUUGUUUUUUCCCCCUUUUUUUUCUUUUUUUUCUUGGGGAAGCAAUUAAUGUUGUUUUGUUUGUUUUUGCGCACUUUAUUAUCAUUAUUAUUAUUAUUAUUAUUAUUUCCCGCAUGUGA